ACCAUCGAAGUAGCAGAGGACGUUGUGAUUGUGGGAGCUGGUAUUUCUGGCCUCACAACCUCCUUGGGACUUCACGGGCUGGGCAUUAGGAGCUUAGUGUUGGAUUUGGAAUCGUCUGAUAGCUUAAGGACAACAGGGUUUGCAUUUACUACUUGGACUAAUGCAUGGAGGGCUUUAGAUGCCAUUGAUAUUGGUGAUUAUCUUUGGCAGCAACAUGAGAAUCUUGUUAGGAAUGUGGUUUCCUCAAGAAUUUCGGGGCUUCAGGCAUUUGAGAUGUCAUUUAAGGUGAAAGGAAAACACGGAGAGCAUGAAAUUUUUUGUGUGAAAAGGAAGUUGCUGUUGGAAGCCCUUGCAAGUGAACUUCCUAGUGGCACCAUAAGGUUCUCUUCAAAGGUUGUUUCCAUUGAGGAAUCAGACUCUUUUAAGCUGGUGCAUCUUGCCGACGGAACCACCCUCAAAGCCAAGGUUUUGGUUGGGUGUGAUGGAGUAAACGCAGUGGUAGCAAAAUGGCUGGGCUUCAAGCCACCGCUCUUUACAGGAAGAUCUGCCAUUCGAGGUGCUGAAUUCAAGAGCGGCCAAUAGUUUGAUCCCAUGUUCAUACAAUACUUUGGAAAUGGAGUUAGAUCUUGUGUAGUUCCUUGUGAGGAUAAAAAUGUAUAUUGGUAUUUCACAUGGUCUCCCUCCAGCCAAGAGAAAGAGCUAGAGAAGAAUCCAGCUCACUUGAAGGAGUAUAUGUUAACCAAGCUCGAAAAGGUACCAGAUGAAGUAGGAGCUGUUAUGGAAAACACUGUAUUGGAUGCUUUUAUUUCCUCUCCACUAAGAUAUAGGCAUCCUUGGGAAGUUCUUUGGGGAAAUAUUAGCAAAGGUAAUGUAUGUGUAGCUGGAGUUGCGCUCCACCCCAUGACGCCAGACCUUGGACAAGGCGGCUGCGCUGCAUUAGAAGACGGUGUUGUAUUAGCAAGGUGUAUCAGUGAGGCAUUGAAAAAUCAGAGACAACAUAUUAGAGAUAAAAGUGAAGAAGAAAAAUAGGAAUUUAAAAGGAUUGAGAUAGGGUUGAAUAAGUAUGCUAGUGAGAGGAAAUGGAGAAGUUUUGAUCUUAUUAGUUCAGCUUAUGUGGUUGGUUCUAUACAGGAGGCUGAUGGUAAAAUAAUGGCUUUCUUGAGGGACAAGUUAUUCUCUCCAAUCCUGGCCGGCUUGCUGUUGAAGAAGGCUGAUUUUGAUUGUGGUAAGCUGAGAAGCUCUUAACUGCAAUGAGAAAAUGAUACACAUCGUCCGUAUAAUGGUCAAGUAUUCUUAUAUAUCAGUAAGAUUUUGUAAUUCCCAUCAUCGUUUUAAUAAGAAGGAUAAUUG